AUGACUGCUGGUUCAAUAUCUGCUCCGUCAAUAACUCCAUUACGUGUUGGAUAUACACAAAAAUUUUCCAUUGAUAUAAAUACAUUGAUUGAAAUACGUAGUGAUACAAAUGAUGUUGAUAUUUAUUAUACAUUAGAUGGUUCAGAACCAGAUGCAUUUAUAACAUUAGCAACACGACGUUCGACUAUACAAUAUAAAAAAAAACCAUUUUAUAUACCAAGAGAUAUAGCUAAUACAGGCAUCACGGAAUUAAUGAGAAAGAUGCAAAAUGAAAAUGAACAAAUGCAACAAAAAUUAUCUGAAUCAAUGCAUCGUUCAACAAUUGAUUCAUUAGUACAAGAAAAUCCAACUAAUUAUACAUAUUCAAAUUCUCAAAUACAAACAAAUGUUUUAAGAUGUGCACAUUGUUUUGCACCUAAAUCAAAUGAUUUAUAUACACGAUUUUGUACGGAAUGUGGUCUACCUUGGCAAAAACUAACUCAUAAUCCACCGGAUAAUUAUUCAACAAGAAUUCUAUGUCCUCAUUGUAAAUCAACAAAUCCAAUACAUUUACGAACAUGUUAUAUUUGUGAAAAUGUAUUAAUACCAACAUCGACAUCACCAGAAAAACGAACUUCAAUUUCAAUUCCAACAAUAUCAAAACAAACAAAUACAAUGAUGAUAACAUGUUCAAAAUGUUUUUGUUUAAAUAAACCUAAUGCUCGUUUUUGUGAUUGGUAUGGUGCAUAUCCUGAACAUAUAUCUACAUCAAUACAAUGUACAAGAUGUCAUACUAAUAAUGAUUCAUUUGCAAAAUUUUGUUCAACAUGCGGAUGUGUUCUUGAACCACCAUUACGUAUUAUUGAUACACGUCUUUAA